AGGCAGAGACACAGAGGGGAUUGAGAGGAGCAGGAGAAGAGGCUAUCUCUGGGCUGUUCUCCACUGCAGCGUCUGGCUUUCACUAAAUGGUCUAUGACCGUGUUUUUCCUGCGCUUGUUUGCCUAAUUUAUUCCUGCCGGGGCCAGCAGAAAGAAAGGCGGAAAAGAAAAAGAAGGACGGGCAGUAUUGGUUAAGAGUGCAACAGUACACCCUGACUUGCUGACAGGGAAUGCAAAGAGGUUCUGGCCUCUGGUUGUUUCUGCUGGAUGGACAAGCACUAACAAAACAAGAGAAGGAAGAGAGAGACAACACUUUGUGGAGCUUUGAGAGUGGAGGCGCAACUGUGACUAAGGAUGUUUCUCAACUCUGCUUUUAUUUUGGCUCGUUGUUUUUUCUGUGACAUUUGAGCCUCUGGAACCACAUACUCUACAGACUCUUAAGAGUUGGAGGAGCCACAAGAAAACAUAAUUUCACCACAGACACAAAAGAGGAGGACUUAUUUGAUGAACUUUGUUGCUGCAGAGACCACAAAGACAUUAUUCUAGGAGUGAAGGAGUGUAUUGUCUUUGUCACCACUUGUUAUUUUAAUAUGAAGUGUGGAAUCAGUUUCAGCUGUAUCUUUUUGGUUAUUUAUAGCACGGAGGUGUUCCUGAGCUAAAAUACACUUUGCAUAUAAAAGCUAAAGUAGCUCUGUGGCAAUCUCCCUCAGAAUACCAAAGAAAGAAAAUCCAAUUUCCAAUACUCCUCAUAAUUUGUUGGGGGGUGGAGGUUUGGACAUGAAUGAGAAUUUCCAGAUCAAAAUAUUAUUUCCUCUUCAUCACCAUCACCUCUGCUUCUGUAACAGCCUUGACAAGUCAAAAGUGAGUCUGGACUAGAACUGCCUCAGAUCAGCAGAUAACACCUCUGUACAACAGGAACUGGUUGGACUAGUUUAUAAGUUGGAGGAGAGGGCAGGGCAGUUUAACCCUGCCUGAAGGAGAGCUGUGUUUUAUUUUCCUCCUGCUUGCUUGUCCUUCUGGGAGAAAGUCGUGUGCUGAGAGACGGGCAGAGCUUCUUGUUCAUUUGGAGAGCAACUCUGUUUUGUCCCUUGUCACUAUGAGGGAGAGGUGAGGUGUUUUUUUUUCCAAGGGGGGAGACAAGGAGAGAGAAAGUGAGAGGGAGGGAAAAAGAGAGAAGGAGUCUAAGUGUAAUUUAUUGUUUCCUGUGAAAAGAGCAAGGCUGCACCCUUUUCUCCUGCCUGAACUCUGAACCACUCAGUGUGUCUGAAGUUUUCUCAGACCUCGAGAGCCAUUGAUUGGAGGUCAGGGCAGAGAACACAGAGGUGAAAGACAAGAACAGAGAGAGCAGAGGGAUUAAAGAAGAAAACAGCACUGGGAAGGACCUCCAGGUCAUUACAACAAGACGGCAAAGGGGGGAAAGGUCAACACGGCGGAGUCCGGGACAACUUUUUAUCAAACUUUUAGAUCAUCUUGGACAAAACCUGCCUUUAACACAAGCCUGGAACCACUGUUUUGUUGUCUGGAACCAGUUUUUAGACUUUUGAGGGUAGUUGGAAGCUGGGGAGCAGGGCGGGUCUGUGUAUGAUCCACUUACAGGGCUGUGUGUCUCAGAGAAUAUGGCCAUGGUGAGCGGGGGAUGGGGCAACCCCAACGGGGACACUAAUGGACUGGGGGAGAAGGCUUACCUGAGGAGGGAGGAAGAGGAGGGCUCACCUCAAGCCGGAAGCAGCGAUGUAGAUGUUGGGGACGAGGACAAGGCCUGCGUGGUGGACUGUGUGGUGUGUGGGGACAAGUCCAGCGGGAAGCACUAUGGAGUUUUCACCUGCGAGGGCUGUAAGAGCUUCUUUAAGAGGAGCAUCAGACGAAACCUCAACUACUCCUGCAGAUCUAAUCGAGAAUGUCAAAUCGACCAGCAUCACCGCAACCAGUGCCAAUACUGUCGUCUGAAGAAAUGUUUCCGUGUUGGAAUGCGCAAAGAAGCAGUCCAGAGGGGUCGAAUCCCUCCAUCUCACCCAGGUAUCAGCCCAAACUCCCUGGCAGGUGGGAUUGGAGGUGCAGUGCCAGGUCACCUUGGGACAGACUACUUCAACGGGCAGCCAGUGUCAGAGCUCAUCUCGCAGCUCCUCCGGGCUGAGCCGUACCCCAACAGCCGCUACGGGGCCCCAUACAGUCAGGCACAGAUGCAGGCAUCUGCUAGCGGAGCUUCUGUCAUGGGCAUCGACAGCAUCUGUGAGCUGGCCGCAAGGCUCCUCUUCAGCACCAUCGAAUGGGCCAGAAAUAUCCCAUAUUUCCCAGAACUACCAGUUUCAGAGCAGGUGGCGUUGCUGAGGCUGAGCUGGAGUGAACUGUUUAUCCUGAACGCAGCUCAGUCUGCUUUGCCUAUACAUAUGGCGCCUCUGCUGGCAGCUGCCGGGUUUCACUCGUCGCCUAUGUCUGCUGAGCGCGUGGUGUCCUUCAUGGACCAGGUCAGGGUUUUCCAGGACCAGGUGGACAAGCUGAACAGGCUACAGGUGGACACAGCUGAGUACAGCUGCCUGAAAGCCAUUGCACUGUUUUCACCUGAUGCUUGUGGUCUGACAGACCCAGCCCAUGUGGAGUCUCUGCAGGAGAAGGCCCAGGUCGCCCUGACAGAGUAUGAGAGGUUGCAGUACCCCAGCCAACCUCAGCGCUUCGGCCGCUUACUGCUGCGCCUCCCUGCUCUGCGCGCCGUGCCAGCCAACCUCAUCUCCCAGCUCUUCUUCAUGCGACUUGUGGGCAAGACACCAAUCGAGACACUGAUCCGAGACAUGCAGCUAUCAGGGAGCUCCAUCAGCUGGCCCUACGCACCGGGACAGUGAACCCUGCUGACUCCAGAGUGGGAAGGGCCAAAAUCAGAUUAGGAGGAAUCAGAGCUCACAAAGAUUACAUACUAAGCUCAAACUGAAUGUUUUGAAUACAAACUGGGACCUCAGAAGUUUAUGGUCCUGUUUGUGAGUGCAGAUGUCAGCUUUUCCCACAUUAGCUCUGUAAAGUUUGGUGGAAGUCACACCAAAGCUGCUUUCAGGGAAACAAAAAAUGUGUAUUUGUCUUUACAAGUAUGUGUGUUUGGAGCACUUGUUUGGUUUUGUUUUGACCUCCAUCUGAUCUCUCUCUGUCUCAUUCUAACAUGAGGCCAUGUGCCUGUACUACCUCCUCCCAUCCAAUAUGUUUUCCUUCUUUUUCAUGUUUUAUGUCAAAAUGAAGCCAUAGCAGUGCCACUUUUACAGGCAGAGCUGGCCUACAGUUGCAGAUUUCAGAGCUUUUUAUCGUCACAACUGGGACAUGUUGUUAAGACCACACCUAAAGUCUGUCAUGUUUGAUAUGUGGGAUGAAAUAUCAGACUUUGUUACCAAAUGUAUUUGCGAAGACUGCAUAGUGUCACCUUGUACAGAUUUUACAAAAAGAAAGGCAUGUGGAUUGUAUUGUAUAUUGUACUAAACAAAGUACUGUAUAUACAAGACAUAUUUUGUAUGCUAUAAGGAAUAUUUCAACAUUUUGGGGAAUAUGCUGAUUCACUUUCUUGCAGAGUUAGAUGAGAUGAUCAAGUUCAUUUCCAUGUCUGAUACAGCGAGCAGCUGGUUAGUUAGCUUAGCAUGAAGUCUAGAAACAGUGGGAAACAACUUGCCAGGCUUUGUCCAAAGGUAUCAAUGUCUGCCUGCCAACGCCUCUAUAACACGCUUUAUCUCCUUUGUUAAAUCCGUCCAAAACCUGAAGUGUAAAAACAACAUGUUUUACAAGGUUAUGUGCUGGAAUAUUUCCGUGACCAGUAACUUCCCAGAGUCUCCACUUGUUUCAACUGCUGCCAGCCAAAUAAUCUCAGUAAAACAGCGAAUUGUCAUUUUUCCACACCAGUUUUUGUACAGAUUCAACACAACAAAUUUAAUUAGUUGGUGACUUUUAGAGGCGAUGGUAGGCGAAUACUGUUAGCUUUGUACAGAGAGUAAGAUUAGCUGUUUCCCCCGGUUUCCAGUCUUUGUGCCAAGCUAAGCUAACCAGCUGCUGGAUCCAGCUACAUAUUCUUUUGUAGAAUAGUAAGAAAGAGAAAAACCAUAUUUCCCCAAAUGAUGAGCUAUUCCUGUAAUAUAGCAUAUCAUUACUGUUCUUGCAGUAGUAAAGUACAGACAGUAAGUGGAAGUGAAUGUAUGUAAACACACCCUGGCUCCUCAGACUGUCACAUCCCUGUCAAACAUUAUUACCUCAUGUUUUAUACAUAAAAGACAAAUAUUGUUUGUGCUAAAGAUAAAUAUAAAGGGAUCAAUGCAUCUUUAUCACAGAAACCAUAAACAGAAAUUUUCCCCCACACAACUGCUUGUCCACCAAACUUUGGCCAAAAUAUAUUUGAGAAUGUUUUAAAAUGUUAUGCUUGAUGUAAGAGGACACGCAAAGUUUGAUAUACUGAAAGCUACACUGAUUCAGUGUUGUGGCCUUUGCUUUUCUGAUUAAUCUCUGCAAAAUGGGGACUGUUUCCUUAGGUAGUUCAUUUACAUUCAUAUUACAUCACAUUUGUGGUCCCCUUUUAAAAGCUGUGUUAAAGCACUGCUUAACAAACAGAGGUCACUUUGAGAUAAAUAUUAUGCUUAUGCAAGUGUUGUAAGUGUUGUAAAGGUUAUGGUGUUUGUUGGUACUGAGAUAAAGGGUACUAAGAAGUCACAUUCAUAGUGUGCUAUUGCCAUUAAGUGCAGCUCAAUGUGACGAAAGUUUUUCUUGCCAAAUUAAGUGACUGAAGAAAAGACAAUGUGGACAUAAACAUGUUUUUGGUAUGAAUUUUUGUAUUAUCUGUUAUGUCAUAAAACAGCAACAAUGGCCAUGAUCCCUGAUGCUGUCAAGACAACUUCAUCAACAACCCACCAUGCUGUCCAUGAAUCUCUUUGUGUUAUUUGUUGGAAUAUAAACUGUAGUGAUUUAAUUGUGUAACUUUACUUUUAAAAGAAGCAUGUUUUCUAUGAUCAUGCCAAACCUAAAAAUAAGAAAUUCAUAUGGCUGAUUGGUUAUUUUUGCAUUACUAAAAAUAAAAGUAUGCACAUUC